AUGAGGGCGCUGAGCACAAAUUUGUUGCCGUUAUUUUUUCUUAGUGUUCUAUUUAGUUGUAAGGCUGAGGAUUGCACAUCUCUGUUGUAUGACAAAGAUGUACCGCAAGAUUUCAACUCUCGAACUUACGAGACUAUAACGGUAUUUCCUGGCUCUGUGAUCGGUCAUUGUUCUAGUAGAUGUUUAGAUAAUCUGGAAUGUCAGGCAGUGGAAGUCUGUAAGUCUGGUGGAGCGGAGUACUGUAGAUUCGUGAAGGGAUGGGACCCUACUUUUAUAGCUUCGGACAGCGGGGAAACCUGCCAGCAGUAUAAAGUGACGCAGAACACGACUUGUGAUCCAUUGGAGUAUUAUGACAGGACCUCAGGACAGUGCCUCAUACAAGAUCUGUGUGACUUUGAGACAACUACGGAACCAUCCUGUUUUCUGACGGAAUCAACAGAUGAUAUUUUCGACUGGAUAAGGAGAUCGGGAACAACUAGUUCUGUAAGUACUGGUCCUAAUGGCGCCAAAGUCGGCACCUACUACAAGUACAUUGAAACAUCCUCACCUCGAGUCACCGGGGACUACGCUAAAUUGGUCAGCAACAGAGUUUUUGAAGACAAAACAUACUGUCUUUCCAUGUACUACCACAUGUACGGAUCAACGACCGGAACUUUGAAGAUUCAGACCAGGACCGGAAAUGACACGGCAGUGACUCAUUGGGAACUGACAGGUGACCAGGGAAACCAAUGGUACAGCAUUGAUAAACUCAACCUCCCUCUGAACAACAAUACUGAGAUAAUCGUCGAAGCCGCCAGGGGAAGUAACUACUAUAGCGACAUUUCUGUUGACUACAUAGUGCUGUGGCCCUUUGCUUGUCUCUGAAGACGUUAC